GGGCUCUGGAAGGCUUUCCUGUCCUGGCUGAAGAUGUCACAGUGUGGGGAAGAUUGCAGCUAACAUUGGCUUUUUGUUGGGACAGCCACAGCCUCUACAAGCUCUUGCAUUCGUUCCAUCUCGUGAGACCCCAUUCCAUUUUUCUGGUCUGGUAUUUUUUAUAUACAUUUUUUCCAAUUCUCCAAUUUUUUUCCUAAGUUCUCCGGAGCCAAAGCAGCAGCUCCUUGCACCUUAAAGAAAAUAUCAAUGGGUACCGAGGGGAAACCUGAUGUUUAUACGGUGGAGAUCAGCGGGGCGAAUGAUGUAGAAAAUCCAGACAAAGAAAAUGGAGAAGAGAAUUAUAAAGAUCUCAAGAAGAAAAACAAGAAAAAGGGCAAGAAAGUAGAGGACCUUAAACAAGAGCUUGAACUGGAAGACCAUAAACUUGAAAUCGAAGAACUAGAAGCAAAAUAUGAAACAAGUAUUCUCAAAGGUCUCACCAGUGCAAGAGCUGCAGAGAUUCUGGCUCGCGAUGGUCCCAACGCACUGACCCCUCCAAAGGGCACUCCGGAAAUUGUCAAAUUCUUCAAACAGAUGAUAGGGGGCUUCUCCCUGCUUCUGUGGGCCGGCGCCAUCCUCUGCUGGAUUGCAUAUGGGAUCCAGUAUUCUCAGGACCAUAAUACAUCCAGGGACAACUUAUACCUGGGUGUAGUCUUGGCCGUGGUCGUCUUCCUCACAGGCUGCUUCGCUUAUUUCCAAGAGGCUAAGAGCACCAACAUCAUGGCCAGCUUCAACAAGAUGAUCCCACAGCAAGCGUUGGUUACAAGGAACGGAGAAAAAAUGGAAGUCCCGGCCACUGAGUUAGUUGUCGGAGAUGUGGUGGACGUAAAAGGUGGGGACAGAAUCCCAGCUGAUCUGAGGCUCGUCUUCGCACAAGGUUGUAAGGUGGACAAUUCAUCCCUGACGGGGGAAUCGGAGCCUCAGGCUCGUUCUUGCGAAUACACCCACGAAAACCCGCUUGAAACCAAGAACAUCGCUUUUUACUCCACCACGUGUCUGGAAGGUACAGCUAAGGGUAUUGUAAUCAACACCGGCGACAAUACAAUCAUCGGUCGAAUUGCUUCCCUGGCUUCCGGCGUAGGCAACGAGAAGACCCCCAUCGCGGUGGAAAUUGAGCACUUUGUCCACAUCGUGGCCGGAGUUGCCAUCUCCGUUGGCAUUAUUUUCUUCAUAAUUGCCAUGUCCAUGGGGUACAGCGCCCUCAAUUCCAUCAUUUUCCUCAUCGGAAUCAUCGUGGCUAACGUACCUGAAGGUCUCCUGGCCACUGUGACUGUAACCCUCUCUCUGACAGCGAAGCGAAUGGCAAAGAAAAACUGCUUAGUGAAGAAUCUGGAAGCCGUGGAAACGUUGGGUUCCACCUCGAUUAUCUGCUCCGACAAAACAGGGACCCUGACGCAGAACAGGAUGACCGUGGCGCAUCUUUGGUUUGAUGACCACAUCCAUUCGGCAGACACCAGUGAAGACCAAACACAUCAUUCUUUCGAACAGACGUCCGAGACGUGGACCGCAUUGUGCAAGAUCGUAUCGCUGUGUAACCGCGCUGAGUUCCGAGCUGGUCAGGAGGACGUCCCCAUUAUGAAAAAAACUGUGGCUGGAGACGCUUCCGAAACAGCCCUUUUAAAAUUUUCUGAAGUUAUCACGGGCAACGUCAUGAACAUCAGGGAACGGAACAGAAAAGUGUGCGAAAUUCCAUUUAACUCCACGAAUAAAUUUCAGCUGUCUGUACACGAGACCGAUGACCCAAACGAUAAGCGGCUCCUGCUGGUGAUGAAAGGAGCUCCAGAAAGAAUUCUAGACCGGUGCUCCUCCAUCAUGAUAGGCGGCAAGGAACAGCCUCUGGAUGAGAACAUGAAGGAAGCGUUUCAAACCGCGUACAUGGAGCUGGGAGGACUCGGCGAGCGAGUGUUAGGAUUUUGCCACCUGUAUCUCCCCGAAGAUGAAUAUCCAGACUCUUACCCAUUCGACACAGAAUCUGUGAACUUUCCGACCUCAAACCUCUGUUUCGUUGGACUUUUGUCGAUGAUCGAUCCACCUCGUUCCACAGUACCCGACGCUGUGGCAAAAUGUAGAAGCGCAGGAAUCAAGGUUAUAAUGGUCACUGGUGACCAUCCGAUCACCGCCAAGGCGAUUGCUAGAAGUGUCGGUAUAAUUUCAGCUGGCAGUGAAACCGUGGAGGACAUUGCUAAGCGUCUUAACAUUUCUAUUGAACAAGUUGAUAAACGUCAAGCCAAAGCUGCCGUUGUGAACGGUGGAGAGUUGAAGGACAUGUCUUUGGAAGAUCUGGAUGAUAUUCUGGCUCAUCACUCUGAAAUCGUCUUUGCUCGGACUUCACCCCAACAGAAGCUGAUUAUCGUGGAGGGUUGUCAGAGGCAGAACUUUGUGGUGGCCGUGACUGGCGAUGGCGUCAACGACUCUCCUGCCCUGAAAAAGGCUGAUAUUGGAAUCGCUAUGGGCAUCGCAGGAUCCGACGCGGCAAAAAAUGCAGCCGACAUGAUUUUACUUGAUGACAACUUUGCCUCCAUUGUCACCGGAGUCGAAGAAGGGCGUCUUAUUUUUGAUAACAUAAAAAAAUCCAUCGGUUACACGCUGACUAAAAAUAUAGCUGAACUCUGCCCUUUCCUGAUCUACAUCAUCGCCAGCAUCCCGCUGCCAAUUGGCACCAUCACCAUCCUGUUCAUUGACUUGGGCACAGACAUCAUUCCGUCGGUGUCUUUUGCCUAUGAAAAGGCAGAGAGGGACAUUAUGAACCGCAAGCCCCGGAGGAAGAACGUGGACAGACUGGUGAACCAGCAGCUGGCUUUAUAUGCGUAUCUGCAAAUCGGAAUCAUACAGUCCGUGGGGGCAUUUCUAAAUUAUUUCACCGUCAUGGCCGAGCAAGGAUUUCUGCCCUACACGCUGCUGGGGAUCCGCGUGCAAUGGGAGAACAUAGAGGAUCAGGAACUGGAAGACAGCUACGGCCAGCAAUGGACUUUCCACCAGCGUCAGUUUCUGGAGUGGACCGGCUACACGGCUUUCUUUAUCAGCAUCGUGAUGGAGCAGCUGGCUGAUCUGUUAAUCAGGAAGACGAGGAGAAACUCUGUGUUUCAGCAGGGAUUAUUCAAAAAUAAGUUCCUCUUAAUGGGGAUGGCGUCACAAGUCGCCAUCGCAGCUUUCCUGUCCUAUUGCCCUGAAAUGCCUUAUGCCCUGAAGUUUGCGCCUCUAAGGGUUCAGUACUGGUUUGUUUCGAUCCCUUACGUCAUCUUAAUCAUAAUUUAUGAUGAAUUUCGUAAGCUGUUCAUCAGACAAUAUCCAGGCAGCUGGUGGGAUAAGAAUAUGUAUUAUUAGAUUUCAUCGGACCCUUUUUCACCUUCCCUGGACGGUGCAGUCAAACGUUCUUAAUGUAUAUGAUUACUACAGACCGAGGCUGAUGUUUCAGAGCUGUGAUAAAGUAACUCCUGUUUGUUGAACAAAUCAGGAUAACUGAAAAUACACUGUAAAUGUUCUGUAUAAAGUAAAAAUAUACAAAUUAUGCCUAUUUUAGCAAAAAAAUGUGAAAAUUUAAAAAGACAUCAUUUGCCCGAUUAAUGAAAAUUGUACAGAAAUUGUAAAUUUUGUUUCGGCUUCUGCCAAAACUGCUAUCUUUUCAUUACUUUAUUGGUGCAAAAUAAAGUCUUUUUUCAUUCAGUA